CAACACUACUAUAUAACAAAUAAUUUGAGGAUGAUAUUGUGAAAUGGACGAGUUACCAAGCUUGUUACAAUCACAUCAACCCCUUGCAGUAAGAAAGGGAGCUGCUGAACUUAUUUUAGGACUAACGAACGAUGCAUCAUCUCUUCUCCUCAUCACCGGAAACAAAGAACUUAUAAACUCACUGUGGGAUGCUCUGGGGGACAAGGACAGGAAACUGUCAGUAACCUCAUCUCAGAUUCUUGUGAAUAUAACCUCACACAGUGUCCAGGCACUAACAGCACAGGACACAGUGCCCCGGGUACUUCAGAUUCUUCAGCAUGCUAACACUGUGCAUCUUUAUAACAGCAUGGCUAUGAUUCUCAAUAACAUCUCAAGGUCUCCUGAAGAAGCUGAUAUAUUUACUACGGUGCUCACUCUGGCAGAUUGCCAAAUGUUUGUGAAGCUGGUGUCACGUCACCAAGAGCAGGGCUAUCUAGCCGCUGUGUUGGGGAACAUAGCAGUAACACCAGUGGGUAGAGAGCACCUCUCCCAUGAGUCUGUGUUCCCUGAGAUCAUAUCAUUCCUAACAAUGCCCGGUAACAUCAUAGUGAGACGUAACACUGCGCGCCUUCUCAGGAACCUCUCAUUCGAUACUAAAACACACACAGCACUAGUGGAGUAUUUACCACAGAUAGUGUACCCUUUAGUGGGUGGUGAAGAGAUAGAUGAGGAGGACAUGGACAAGUUACCAAUAGAUUUACAGUAUCUCCCUGAAGAUAAGUGUAGGGAGCCGGACCUUCAAACCAGGACCUACCUCUCUGAUACACUGUUCCAAAUGGGGGGCACAUACUCAGUGAGAGAGAAAUAUAGAGAUGAGAACUACUAUGAGUUACUAAAAAACUACGAUCAAUGGGAAGAGGACGAUGACGCAAGGGAACGUAUACAGAAUACUAUAUACCUGAUAGUACAGAACGAUGGAGAGGUAGAUCUGAGGAAGGAUGGGGAUGUUCCUGAGGGGGUGGAGGAGGCGGAGGAGGUCGUUAUUGUUAAGAGGGAUGAAAGUGAGAAGACGUCUUCAGAGAAUAUGGGUAGUUGAUGUUAUUUUAGGGGGUUA